UUCACCAUGGAGCCCACUGCGCCGUCCCUCACCGAGGAGGACCUGACUGAAGUGAAGAAGGACGCUUUAGAAAAUUUGCGUGUAUACCUGUGUGAAAAAAUCAUAGCUGAGAGACAUUUUGAUCAUCUACGUGCAAAAAAAAUACUCAGUAGAGAAGACACUGAGGAAAUUUCUUGCCGAACAUCAAGUAGAAAAAGGGCUGGAAAAUUGUUAGACUACUUACAAGAAAACCCCAAAGGACUAGAUACCCUGGUUGAAUCUAUUCGGCGAGAAAAAACACAGAACUUCCUGAUACAGAAGAUUACAGAUGAAGUGCUAAAACUUAGAAAUAUAAAACUAGAACAUCUGAAAGGACUGAAAUGUAGCAGCUGUGAGCCUUUUCCAGAUGGAGCCACAAACAACCUCUCCAGAUCAAAUUCAGAUGACAGUAAUUUCUCUGAAAAACUGAGAGCAUCCACCGUCAUAUACCAUCCAGAAGGAGAAUCCAGCACAGCCCCCUUUUUUUCUACUGAUUCUUCUCUGAAUUUGCCUGUCCUAGAAGUAGGCAGAACUGAAAACCCCACCUUCUCUUCAACUACGCUUCCUAGACCUGGGGACCCUGGGGCUCCUCCUUUGCCACCAGAGCUGCAGUUAGAAGAAGAAGGAACUUGUGGAAACUCUAGUGAGAUGUUUCUUCCCUUAAGAUCACGUGCUCUUUUGCGGCAAUGACAGUUUACUGCCUUUUAAUUUUUUUAAUGAUGACAAAAAAUAUUUGAAAGGAUAUGAAUCUUAUAAAAUUGCUGUAAUGACUUAUUAACAUUUGAUACAUGUCUUAAAAUGCAACGUAAACAUACUUUGUAAAUAGAAUUUUUUAGAAUAAAAGAAGCAUACUUGUAGAUAGCUAAAGUCGUGUUGAUCAUGUACUCCAGUAUUUUCUCUUCAUUUUUGAGGUAAUUUAGUGUUUGCACUUUUGUUUUAUGUUUUAAGACUAAUUUUAAUAGAGAACAUUUCUCUAUUUGAGAAUAGAGUCUUAGGCUGGGAACAAUGUUUCUUCUCUGUGCAUUUGUGCUAAUAAAUUUCACAGUCUAAUAGUCCUUUCCAACCAUUCAACAGUACAUUUUCAGAAUUAAGCUGUUCGUAUUCGGUAAUAAAGCCAAUCACUGCUGGGAAAACUGCCAGCGUACAGAAAAGAAUCUUUUUCCCACUCAAUUGGGCUUACAGGCACUUAGAAAGUCCCCUUCUGAUUCAGAGGAAUAUCUAUCUAAUGGAGUUUGAGCCACCUACGGUGUCAAUUUGCCAAAAUACAUUUCUUAUUAAUCUUACUAAUUAAUACUACUUUCUUAAGAUUUUCACACUCUUUGCUUUAUCAUUUUCAUUCCUAAAGAAAAAUCUUGGCAUAAACUUCAGUUAUUACAUAUAAUUUAAUGAGAUUUUUAAAAUACUUUUUCUGUACUUUUUGUUCCCUUUUAAUGAGGACCACUGUACAGUUGAAAUAAUUAGAACAAAAUGGUUUUUGUGUGUGUAUAUGUGACAAUUCUGUUUUUAGUACUAUUUGGAACAAGCGGGCCAUUAGCUAGAUAUGUCUUUUUGUUCUAUGACAAAGUUUGACUAAUUUUACAAAUUUAUAAAUCUUUCAUUGUUUUCAUUAAACUAUAUCUAUUUCUAGAUAUCUGUCUCAUAUAUAUUUCCACUACUUGCAAAAAGCAGAGAUGGAAAUAUGCUAUUAAGAAUAAAUGUUAAGUUGUA